AUGGCAUCAAGUCCUGUGCCUCCCACCGAGGAUGAACAGGUUUCCUUGGGCAUCGAUGAUCGCCAUAUUUCACUGCAAGCUCAACAGGAGGACACUCAGAAGAAAACCUUCACCUGCUGGAUCAACUCACAGCUGGCAAAGCACACUCCUCCCUCGGUUGUCUCAGACCUGUUUGCAGACAUUAAAAAGGGGCAUGUUCUCCUGGACCUGCUGGAGGUACUCUCAGGACAACAGUUGCCUCGAGAUAAAGGAUCGAAUACCUUCCAGUGUAGAAUCAACAUAGAGCAUGCCCUGACAUUCCUAAAAAACCGAUCAAUCAAGCUAAUAAAUAUUCAUGUUACUGAUAUUAUAGAUGGAAACCCAUCCAUUAUUCUUGGCCUAAUUUGGACAAUUAUACUGCACUUUCAUAUUGAGGAGCUUGCCCGGUCUCUUUCUUGCAAUUACAAUCAGCCUUUCCUGGACAGUGUGAGUGUGGCUGACUCAUCUCCUACCUCAAGUCCUCCAGCUAAGAAAUGCUCCAGAGCCCAAGAAAGAUGGCAGAUGUCUGCAAAGAAGGCUCUUCUCUUGUGGGCUCAGGAGCAGUGUGCCCCGUGUGAGUCCAUCAAUGUGACGGAUUUUAAGUCAAGCUGGAGAAAUGGGAUGGCUUUUUUGGCUGUCAUUCAUGCCUUGCGACCAGACCUAAUUGACAUGAGGAGUGUGAAGCAAAGAUCCAACAAAGACAAUCUGAAAGAGGCCUUCAGAAUUGCAGAACGAGAAUUUAAAAUCCCCAAAUUGCUAGAACCAGAAGAUGUGGACGUUGUGAAUCCUGACGAAAAGUCAAUCAUGACCUAUGUGGCACAAUUUCUGCAGUAUUCGAAGGAUGCAGCGGAGACUGGAGAUAAAGCUCAGGGAACGAUGAAAGAUGCUGUGGUCUGGUUAACUCUACAAGAGAAAAAACUACAGGAAGUCCUAAAGGAUUCAGAAAACGAGACCUACUCUAAGAAGUAUGAAAGUCUGCUGUCCUUUUUGGAGUCAUUCAAUGAAGAAAAAAAGCCCUUUUUGGACAUCCUGCCAAUAAAAAGGAAUCUGGAUGAGCUGAAUGAAGAUCAGUUACAGUUGAGAGAAGCCUGGGAUGGCCUCACCUACCAGAUUAAUGUGUGGAAAACAGAGCUGAACCAUGCCUUGCCCUCACCACUGCAUCAAAUCGAAGCCGGGCUCCAGGAGAUAGAGGAGCUUAUAGAUGAAGACUUGCCAACUUCCCAGGAUUAUGGUGAAGCCAUGGCUCUACUACAAGAAAAAAUGACUUUAAUCAAGAAUCUGAUGGAUAAAUUUGAUUGUCAUUUGAAUACUCUUCUGGCAUUCGAAAGUAGAGAUGAACAACAUUUACCACUGGUACCACCUAGGAAAUUGGAGGAAAUGAAAGGACGAAUCAACAACAUUUCGGGGAAAAAAUUCAUUCCACGUCUAGAAUUUCAUUACUAUAAGUGCUCAGUUCUUGGUUUGCUGGAUGAAGUGAAAUUAAAGUUGGACGUUUGGAACAUCAAAUAUGGGAACAAAGAAUCUGUGGAAUUGUUGCUGGAAGACUGGCAUAAAUUUAUUGAAGAAAAAGAGUUCCUAGCUCAACUUGAAACUUCCUUUCAGAGAUGUGAAGAAAUCCAUAAGAAUUUAGCUGGAGAAUAUCAGGAUAUUAGUAAAGAAUAUACCACGGUGGAAUAUAAUAUUUGUACAUAUAGAAAAAAUAUAUAUAAUGUGAAAUCCACUCUACAGAAAGUUCUGACAUGUUGGGCUACUUAUGUGGAAAACCUUCGCUUACUCAAGGCUUGUUUUGAGGAGACAAAGAAGGAACAGAUUAAAGAGGUUCCCUUUGAGACACUAUCCCAGUGGAAUGUAGAACAUACAACUUUAAAUGAAGUGGGGAAUUUCUUAAUUCAAGUCAGUAAUGAUGAAGUUGGAUCAUCUAUUUCUAAAGAACUGAGAAGGCUGAAUAAAAGAUGGAGAAAACUUGUUACAAAAACUCAGCUUGAGAUGAAUCUGCCACUUAUAAAAAAACAGGAUCAACCCAAUUUUGACAAUUAUGAAAAUACUCCCCUAUCUAAAGAAGAAAAACCAACUGUUGAUUUUUUGACAGAUAUGUCAGUAGAACUUCCUGAAAAUCAUAAUCAGAAUAUAAAGGCCAGGGAAGAACAUGAAAAAGAAAAUGAAUUCAUAGGGCAACUUAAAGUGGCUGAAGAUGUUGAAAAACUCAUUGGACAAGUGGAAAUCUGGGAGGCAGAAACUGAAUCUCUUUUGGAGUUUCUGAGACAUCAGGAGGGUGUAGAUGCCUCAGUGGAAGAACACUUGCAGCAUCUUAUUGCCAAAGGCUCUAUGUAUGAAGAGCUUGUGUCCAGAACUGAAGAUACCUUACAAAUGGAUAUACAAAAUAUUUCAAGCCAGGAGUCCCUUCAACAUGUUCUCACAGUUGGGCUUCAGACAAAGAUUCAAGAAACCAAAGAGAAAGUUCAGAUCAAUAUGGUAAAAUUAGUUGCAGUGUUAAAAAACUCAGCUGAUGCUUCACCAAACCUGGAUGUCAGGCUGAAGGUGGAAGAAUCACAGAAGGAACUUGACUCGUACAUGACAAGGGCUGAGCAAUUACUUGGACAAAGAGACAGCCGGAGUGAACUAAUUUCAAAAUACAAGGAAGCACUAAUAAUUCUUAAUUCUAAAAGUCUGGUCAAGUAUCUGAAAGCUGUUGAAGAACUGAAAAAUAAUGUAACCGAGGAUGUAAAGCUGUCUUUGGAAGAAAAGAGUAGCGAUGUCUGUGCCAAGUGGGAGUUUCUUCAUCAUGAGAUGUCUUUGUAUAUUCAACAACUGAAAAUAGACAUUGAAAAAGAGAAACUCAGUGACAAUAUUUCAAAACUCGAAAAACAAAUAAAUAAAGAAAAGAAACUAAUUCGCAGAGGGAGGACCAAGGGUCUCAUCAAGGAACAUGAGGCCUGCUUUUCUGAGGAAGGCAGUCUGUACCAGCUAGAUCACCACAUGGAUGUCUUGCGGGAGCUGUGUGAAGAGCUGACUUCCCAGAAGAGUCAACAAGAAGUGAGGAGAGUACUCAAAGAUUAUGAACAAAAGAUAGAAAGACUUCGGAAAUGUGCUUCCGAGAUUCGUAUGACACUGCAACCCACGAUGGGAGGAACGUCGAAAAGCAAGGAGACCAUGAACACAUCUGAGAACGGAGGAAGGAAUGCCCACAGUGAGGUGCCAUCUGCAAAAUCACAUGAUCAGCCAUCAACUGAAAAGGCAAUGGGAUCGAUUAAGAAUUUUAGCCUGAAAUUCAAGUUAAAGCCUCAACAGGAAGAAAGCUCUAUGGAGAAGUAUGAAAAGGAUCACAGUGCAGCCCUCAGUAGUUUACAAGAGAGGUAUGAUAUGCACAGAGAAAAUCUUGAGCUGUACUUGGAAAACAACAAAUUCAGAAUUAUUUCUGAUUUCUCCAGUGACAAGGAAAGGAGUAGUGCUUGUCUGCAGGAUAAACUGACAGAUCUACAGGUCUUAAAAAAUGAAACUGAUGCUUGCUGGAAAGAGUUUGAAAUCACCUCACUGAAGUUAGAAGAACUUGACAGUGACGUAAACAAGCCUUUUAUAAGUAACACGAGAGACAGAUUAAAGGAAAAAGAAAGAGACUUUCAGAUGACUCUUAAUACCAGAAUGGAAUCUUUGGAGAUGGCGCUAAAGAUUGUGUUCCCUGUGGAGAAGGAAUCACUUCUACUCUGUGGCUCGGACCUGCUCCUCCAUGAAGUAGCCAUUCACGAAUUUCAUGUCAUUGAUGCUGAUGGCAUUUAUCAAAACCUGAGGAAUAUCCAAGAUUCCGUAGCCAAACAGAUUGAAAUAUGUAACAACCUGGAACAGUCGGGUGACUUUGCAUUAAAGGAAUUACACCCACUUGAUCUACAUGCAACGCAGAAUAUUAUGCUAAAACACAGAACACAACUUGAAGACGUGAACCACAAGGUCCAGAGGAGUAAAGAUGCCCUCAAAGCUCUGGAGGAGUUUCUGGCUUCUCUGAGAACAGCUGAACUCUCUUUUGAGCUUGUUACAGACCUUUCAGCCUCAGAUACACAGGUAGUACGAGAAAACACUGUGAUGCUAGAAAAUAAAGAAAGAGAAAUUAGCCUGAUGAAGGACCAGGCCAGACAUCUGGAUAAACGUUUGAAGAUGCUCGGCAUAAGCUUCAAAGAUGAUGGCCAGGGUGACGACACCUGCAACAAACUCCUUGUUGCUUUGUCCAGAAAGUUACUUGGGACAUGUGGCUAUGGUGUGCAAGAAGUGUUCAUGGAAGAAAACAAAUUACUAGAGACUUGUAUUUUCAAAAAUAAUGAACUCCUGAAAAACAUUCAAGAUGUGUACAAUCAAAUCAGUAAAAUCAGUCUUAAGGAUCCCACUGUUCCAGCUGUGAAACUACGGAAAAAAUCACUAAUGAGACUGGAUAAGGAUCUAGAUGAAUAUGAAGAAGAGAAGAAAUGCUUGCAAGAGAUGGUUAAUUCUCUUCCACAAUUCAAAGAUGGCAGAGAAAAAUCACUGAAUCAACAGUUCCAAAAUACAGUACUUUUGUGGGAGAGUACAAAAGCUUCAGUCACUGAAUGCCUUGACCAAUGUGAAAGAGUUUUGGAGCUCUUAAGACAAUAUCAGAAUUUUAAAAGUGUCUUGACUGCUUUGAUUCAAAAAGAAGAGAAUGUCAUCUCCCUUCAGGCUUCCUACAUGGGAAAAGAGAACCUGAAGAAAAGGAUAGCAGAGAUUGAAAUUGUCAAAGAAGAAUUUAGUGAACAUUUAGAAGUUGUAGACAAGAUUAACCAGAUCUGCAGAAAUCUACAAUUUCAUCUAAAUAAAAUGAGAAUUUUUGAAGAGCCUCCUUUUGAAAAAGAAGCUAAUAUUAUUGUGGAUAGAUGGCUUGAUAUAAAUGAGAAGACAGAAGACUACUAUGAAAAUCUUGGUCGAGCUCUAGCUUUAUGGGACAAACUUUUUAACUUAAAAAAUGUCAUUGAUGAGUGGACUGAAAAGGUCCUUCGAAAAAUGGAAUUACAUCAACUGGCUGAAGAAGAAAGAGAAAAACUGAAGGAAGAGUUACAAGCCCAUGAACAAAAAUCUUCAGAGUUUUCUAAAAGAGUGGCUAAAAUCCAGUGUCUCCUUCAAAGCAGUGAAAUACCCCUUGAACUGCAGGUCAUGGAGUCCUCCAUUUUAAACAAGAUAGAAAAUGUAAAAACGCAUUUAAUGGGAGAACCCAACCUCUCUGCUCUCAGUGGCAGCACGGCUGAGCUAAGGGAAGAUCUUGACCAAGCCAAGACCCAGAUUGGAAUGACCGAGUCCCUCUUAAAAGCCCUGUCUCCUUCCGACAGCUUAGAGAUCUUUACUAAACUAGAGGAGAUACAACAGCAAAUCCUACAGCAAAAGCACAGUAUGAUGUUACUUGAGAAUCAAAUAGGUUGUCUGACUCCUGAGCUCUCUGAAUUAAAAAAGCAAUAUGAAAGUGUCAGUGAUUUAUUUAAUACCAAAAAAAGUGUUUUGCAAGAUCACUUUUCUAAGUUAUUGAAUGAUCAGUGCAAGAACUUUAAUGACUGGUUUGGCAACAUUAAAAUGAACCUUAAAGAGUGUUUUGAAUCAUCAGAAACAAAAAAGAGUGUGGAACAAAAGCUACAAAAACUUUCUGAUUUCUUGACUCUUGAAGGAAGAGGCAGUAAAAUACAGCAGAUGGGAACUGUAUUGAAUCGUGUGAAGAAGCAUCUGCCCAAAGCACAUGUUAAGGAGCUUAAUAGUUGGAUUAUAAAUCAAGAAAUUGAAUUAGAAAAAAUGGAGUCCAUUUGCCAGGCACGAGCAAAGGAGCUUGGUGACCACUUGAAGCAGCUACUGAGACUCCAGGAUGACCACAGAAAUCUGAGCAAGUGGUUGACUAGUCAAGAAGAGAAAUGGAAAGAAAUGGAAAAGUCAGGAGAGAAAAUUGAGCUAUUUUGCGAAGCUGUAGCUAGAAAGAGGGAACAGUUUGAAUCUCUGGCCCAGUUGAACAGGUCUUUGAAGGAAUAUGGGCUUACUGAAGAAGAAGAAAUAAUAAUGGAAUCGACACAUUUGAAUGAUAGAUUCCAAACAUUUUUGAGACAAUUAUGUGAAAUUGAUGAAGAGGAUAAGUUACCUCCUACAGAAGACCAGCACUUUAAUGAUCUUGCGCAUGAUAUAAUUCACUGGAUAGCAGGGAUUAAAGAAUCCCUUAUGGUUUUGAAUUCAUCUGAAGGCAAAAUGCCACUUGAGGAAAGAAUCCAAAAAAUAAAGGAAAUCAUUUUACUAAAGCCUGAAGGGGACGCUAAAAUACAGACCAUCAUGAGUCAGGCUGAGGGCAGCAAGGCUCCGUUGGCUCCAAAGACCCUUACUGAUAUCAAGAACCAGUGGGACAACACAGUCCAUUUAGCCAACACAUAUCUAAGCCAUCAAGAAAAGCUUCUGCUAGAAGGAGAGAAGUAUUUGCAAAGUAAGGAGGAUCUGAGAUUAAUGCUCACAGAACUAAAAAAGAAACAGGAAGUGGGCUUUGCUCUGCAACAUGGUUUGCAGGAGAAGAAAGCUCAGUUAAAAAUUUAUAAGAAAUUCCUCCAGAAAGCACAAGAUUUGACAUCCUUGCUAAAAGAGUUAAAAUCUCAAGGAAGUUACCUCUUAGAGUGCACUAAAAAUCCCAACUUCAGUGAAAAGCCUUGGCUGGAAAUAAAGCAUCUACACGAAAGUCUUCUCCAACAGCUACAGGAUUCCGUGCAAAAAUUGGAAGGUCAUGUUCAAGAACACCACUCAUACCAGCUUUGUGUCAUAGACCUGAAUGCCGCAUUGGACGAUAUCUCCAAGGAAUUUGCCAGUUUUUCUGAUAAGCCUGUGGAUCAAAUAGCAGUUGAGGAAAAACUGCAGAAACUGCAGGAACUAGAAAAUAGACUCCAUUUACAAGAUGGCACAUUAGAGAAGAUUUUAGCUUUAGCAAAAUCCAUCAAGCAAAAUACAUCUUCAGUGGGACAGAAGAUUAUUAAAGAUGAUAUAAAAUCACUUAAGUGUAAACAAAAGGAUUUGGAAAACAGACUUGAAUCUGCUAAGCAGGAGACAGAAAAUUAUCUCAAUAGCAUUCUCAAAUCAAAACGCUCAACAGAACAGAAAGAAAAGUUUACUCUGCCAGGCAGAGAGAAGGAGGUCACUUCUGAUGUGCAGGAGUCCACUCAGGACUCAGCUGCACUGGAAAAGUUUGGGGAAGACCGGGAAAUAAACAAGAGUUUUGUUGAAAGUAUGAUUGCACUUUUCAAAAACUGCCAUUAUAGCAUGUAUAUAUUUCAAUCCAUUGCCAGGAAUUUCAUUUUAGAUUAAAUUUAGAAUUCAGCUGUGGAAGUGGUUUUGUCAAAACAACUUUCUCUGGAUGUUCAAGAAAGCAUGAAAAACACUGAAGAUGAGCAUAAAGUCAAUGAGCUGCAAAAUCAACCUUUAGAAUUAGAUGUUAUGUUAAGAAAUGAACAAUUAAAAGAGAUAGAGGAAUUAUAUGCCCAGUUGGAAGCAAAGAAAACAGCCAUUGAACCACUAGAACAGACGGAGUAUCUCAAUAAAGCAGAAACAAGUGCCUUGGUUCUUCACAAUACAGGACAUUCUGUGCACCACUUGGACAGUCUGCUUCAGGCACUUAUUACUUUGAAGAAAAAUAAAGAAAGCCAAUAUUAUCUCCUUAACAAUUUUCAGGAACACCUUGCUUCAGUUGAAUCCUCAGUGAAAGCCUUGUUGACAGAGAAGGAAAGUCUAAAAGUGGGACCACUGGAUAGUGCAACCUAUCUGGACAAAAUUAAAACAUUCCUGGCAUCAGUUGAAAAAGAGAAAGGUUCUUUAAGCAAGAUGAAAAUCGAAUGGGAAAAUUUAUCAAACUGUCUGACUGACAUGGAUAAGAAGUUGCUCGAAAGCCAGAUUAAGCAACUUGCACAUAGUUGGGAACAAGUGAAACGACUGGCUCAGAAGAAGUAUUCUCAGCAAGCAGCAGAACAUGAGGCAUUUACACUUCUCAUGAGCAAGAUCCAAGACCUGGACAUUGUUCUGCAGCAGCAGCAGCAGCAGUGUCUACAGUUAGGGCUGAACUCUCCAGAAGAACAGGAGGGAAGUGCAAGCACAGUGGCCUUGGCCACUGAGCUCCGGACCAUCAAGCAUCGAUUUUCCAUUUUAAAGGGGCAAGCUGAAUUUCAGAUGAGGAGGAUCUGGGGAGAAAAAGAAAAGAAUACUUUGGAAGAUGCAAUGGAGAACUUGCAGAAGCAAUUAGAAGCCUUGGAGCCAUUAAACGUCCAGGUGGAAAAUCAAAUCCAGAAGGGCGAAAUAAGGAACAAGAUAAGAGAGAUUAUCCUGUGGGUCAAGAAUCUGCUAGGUGAACUCACUCCCGCCAUUUCCCUUCUCCCAGAUGACAUUCUUUCACAGAUCAGAAAAUGCAAGGUGACCCACGAUGGCAUCCUGGGUAAGCAGCAGGCCGUGGAGUCAUUGGUUGAAGAGGUCAAAAAUGAUAUUCCUAACCUUUCAGCAGAGGAGAGCCAUGAUUUAAAUCACCUCCUACAGGACUUCCAGAAUCAAUACCAAAUGCUAAUUUUAAAAUCGACUGAAAGAUCACAGCGAUUAGAAUUUAAAUUGGAAGAAAGAAACAGAUUUAUUGCAGUCAUAGAGAAGGUGCAACUUUCACUUCAAGAAAACGAAGCACUGAUAAUUCCCAAGAUGAGAACAGCCUCCACAGAAACUGAACUGGAACAGGAGCAGGUCACAUUGACAAGUUCUCAGAAGGAAUUGCAAGAAGCGCAGAAUGUAAUCGCAGCCCACUUUCAGGAACAAACAAACCUCUGUAAGGAUCUGAGUGUGUUUGAAAGGUUAUUUCUGGAUGACCAACUGAAAAAUCUUAAGACUAGAGCCAACAGAAUGCAAAGAUUCAUUCAAAAUAAAUGUAAUGAAGUAGAACACAAGAUACAUUUUUACAGAGAAUUCCGUGAAAAAGCAUCUGUGCUUCAGAAAGAGGUUGACCGUUUACAGCACAGCAAACUGCUACUAAAUCAAGAAAUGAAUGAAGAUGUUAAAGAGGAACUCUACAGUCUUAAAGACCGAAUCACUGGUAUUCAGUCUAGUAUCCUACAGGUACUGAAACUCAAAGAAGUGUUUGACUCUAUAGGACUAAACUGGGAUUGUUCCCAGCUCGACCAAUUACAAGCCCUAGUAUUUGAAAAAGAAAAGGAACUUGAGGAAAAAAUUAAGCAGUUGGACACAUUUGUGGCAGAACAUAGCAAAUACCAAGCAUCACUAAGUAAACUGAGGGCUAUGGAUUUGCAAAUUAAGAAAAGGGCUGAAGCAGUAUUAGGAAUGCCCCAUACGUCACCAGAAAGCAGUUUGCUCAGUGCUCAAAUUUUGAAGCGGAGAAUUGAGAAAGCUAUGUGCUUGUAUCAAGAGAUAAUAGAGAAAUUAAAUGAAAGUAAGGCCUUCGAUGACUCAUUCAAAGAGAAAGAAAUACUCCAAAUAAAGCUGUAUGCGGAAGAAAAUGACAAGUUACACAAGAUCCUCCAAAAUGGAGUAUUAAAAUCCCAACCGAAAGAAAUGGAUGAAAAGAAUUUUCAGGACAAACUGGAAAAUUCCUUACAUGUUUUGAAUCAGGUAAAGUCUCAGGUAGAGCAGCCUUUACUUAUAAAUUUGGACAUUGAACAUAUUCAAAAUGAAAAGGAGAAUUGCGAAGCAUUCCAAGAGCAAGUUCAGGUGGAAAUGGAUAGCAUGAAAGCAGUGACCCUUAUUGAGAAGCAAAGAGAGGAGAAUUCUCCUGAUGCUUGUGAUGUGGAGACAAAAUUGCGGGACAUUGAAGAUCUUCACGUGCAGCUUAAUACAAGCAUUGAUUUGCGCACGGAUGUUUUGAAUGAUGCUUAUGAAAGUAUGACACGCUAUAAUGAGGCAGUCAUAAGGGCAAAGGGGAUCUUUACUACCCGUGAAGCCAUUGUUGCGUCCCAUAAAGUAGACCUUGAUAACCCAGAAGAACCACUGGAGAUGCCUGGCUGGAAACAAGAGGAAUUGCAAUCCACGAUAGAAGACAUCCAGGACCUCACUGAGAAACUGGGGACUAUAUGCAGCCCUGAAGCCAAACAACAACUCCAGUGUACUAUACAGGAAUUAGUUUCUAAGGAUUCAGCCAUGAGGGAGGCAGCCAAAGUAAAAGAAAGUGAACUAGAAAGGUGUCUUGAGAAUUACAAAUGCUACAGAAAAAUUAAAGAGAAAAUUUGCACUAACCUAAGCCAAAUGGAGGCAGUUCUUGGGCAGUCCGUGUUUCCCUUGCCAGCAUCUUACAAAGAAGCUUUAGAGCGCCUGGAACAGAGCAAGGUUUUGGGGUCAAAUCUCCUAUCAACCAAAGAAGAGUUCAUGAAACUACGUCAGGUCCUCAGACACCUGAGACCCGCGUGCACAGGCACUGAUGACAUGUGUUUGCUCAGAACCACGGCAGCUCUGUGGGACAAAUGGUUGAGUUUGCUGGAGGCUGCUAAAGAGUGGGAGAUAUGGUGUGAAGAACUGAAGUGGGAGUGGAAAUUUGUCAGUGAAGAAAUUGAACGGGAAGCAAUUAUUUUAGAUAAUCUUCAAGAGGAUCUCCCUGAAAUUUCAAAAACAAAAGAGGCGGCCGCUACAGAAGAGCUUUGUGAGCUGCAAGACUCUUUAUGCCGUUACCAAGAAAAUGUGGAGAAGCAGCAGCUGUUACUGACCUUACUUCUUCAGCGCAUGAGAAGUAUCCAGAAUGCUCCCCAAAGCUUAGAGGCUAUAAAGACGAUUCCAGCAUUUCAAGAGAUUAUAUCGAUGCAGGAACGAUGCAACAAGCUUUUUCAGAAAGCUCAAGAAAAUAAGGAAUUGUUGGAGAAUGAAAUCCAAGAAAGACAUUCUUUCACAAAAGAAAUAAUUACUUUGAAGAAUUUAUUUCAACAGACUGCAACUUCUUUUCAAAAUAUGGAAUUACAAGACCACCCAGAAAAGGCAGAACAGUUUGAGGAGCUUCAAAGCAUUUUUAAGAAAGGGAAGCUAACUUUUGAGAAUAUUAUGGAAAAACUGCGAAUCAAGUAUUCUGAAAUGUACACCCUAGUCCCUGCAGAGAUUGACUCCCAGGUGGAAGAAUGCAGAAAAGCUUUAGAAGACAUAGAUGAGAAGAUUAGUAAUGAAGUUUUGAAAAGUUCACCCUCAUAUACAAUGAGUAGGAAAAUAGAGGAAAUUAACAAUGGGCUUCACAAUGUUGAAAAGAUGCUGCAGCAGAAAAGCAAAAAUAUUGAGAAAGCCCAAGAAAUUCAAAAGAAAAUGUGGGACGAGCUAGACCUCUGGCAUUCCAAGCUAAAUGAGCUGGAUUCUGAAGUGCAGGACAUUGUUGAACAGGAUCCAGGACAGGCUCAAGAAUGGAUGGAUAACUUGAUGAUUCCUUUCCAGCAGUAUCAGCAAGUCUCACAGAGAGCGGAAUCUAGAACCUCACAGUUAAAUAAGGCCACAAUUAAGAUGGAGGAAUAUCACGACCUUUUGAGGAGUACUGAGGCUUGGAUAGAAAAUACUGGCCGUUUGCUGGCCAAUCCUGCUGACUAUGAUUCUUCAAAGGCGCUGAGUCAGCACGCCAGCACCCUUCAGAUGGCUUUGGAAGAUUCAGAACAGAAACACAGUCUUUUGCAUUCAAUUUUCUCGGAUCUAGAAGACUUGUCAAUAAUUUUUGAAACCGAUGAUUUAGCACAGUCUGUACAAGAGUUAACUCAUCAAGUAGCAGCUUUACAACAAAAAAUCAUGGAAAGCCUUCCACAGAUUCAGCAGGUGGCUGAUGAUGUGGUUGCUAUGGAAACUGAAGUAAAAUCAAUAGAGAAAAAAGUUUCAAAAAUCAGAGCUAUCCUCUUAUCAAAAGAAAUAUUUGAUUUUUCACCGGAAGAACAUCUUAAGCAUGGGGAGGUCAUACUUGAAAACAUCCGUCCCAUGAAGAAAGCCAUUGCUGAACUCAUGUCUUACCAAGUGGAACUGCGGUGGCCCCAGACAGGAAUGAAACCUCUACCUGUGUUUCAGCGGACAAAUCAGCUUUUACAAGACAUAAAACUCUUGGAAAAUGUGACUCAGGAACAAAAUGAAUUAUUAAAGAUCGUCAUAAAACAGACCGAUGAAUGCAAUGAAGACAUAGAAAAUCUGAAGCAGAUCUUAAAUGAUUACUCAGCUGAGUUCUCCCAUGAACGUCUGUCACCAGACCAAGCUGCCAACCUGGCACAAGUACAGGGAGACAUCGAAGGUAUGGAAAAGCAGAUUCUGAGUUUGAACCAGAAGAAAGAGAACCUGCUGGUGGACCUGAAAGCUGCCAUCCUAACCCUUCACCAGCAUUUACAGCAAGACCAGCAAGCAUUAGAACAAGAAAUGCCAUCAACCGGAGCGUCAGAAGAGCAGAGAGUAGCUGAGAGGGAUUCUGAGUGGAAGAUGAACAAAACCAGUGCCAUGUCUUUCCUGCCGGCGCUCACGGAAGAGGCAGAAGAGAGCUCCCUGAAGAGUGAACAUGAUAGGGACAUGGAGGAAGAUAGAGCAUCCUCGUCUUCUGGAACCAUCAUCCAGGAGGCAGCUGAGAAAAUAAGCACAUGUGAUAAUCCCAUGGCACAAAUUCUUGCACCAGACUCACUGAGUCCCAACCAAACAGAGGAGGGUGCCACACGUCCGCUCAAGGCUGCCGCUCUGGGCUUUUCUGAUGAGCAAGGAGCAUUUGAGGCCACGGUGGAGCAAUCUAGGCCCAAGCCUGCGGAAGUCCUCCAUGCCUGCAAGACCCAGGUGGCCGAGCUGGAGCUGUGGCUGCGCCAAGCCAACGUGGCGUUUGAGCCGGAAACGUUAAAUGCAGACAUGCAGCAGUUGGUGGAACAGCAGCUGGUGGGGUGCCAGGCCAUGCUAACAGAGAUCGAGCACAAGGUUGCCUCUCUGCUGGAGAACUGCACAGAUCGAGGGCCGGGGGACAGUGGGGCCACUCAGCAGGAGGCUGAAGCUCUUUCCGUGAAAUUAAAGACCGUCAAGUGCAAUUUGGAAAAAGUCCAGAUCAUGCUUCAGGAGAAAUACAGUGAAGACCAGCAUUCUGCCACUCUAAAGAAACCUGCAGAGCAUCAAAAUGAUCUCCAACCAGAUAACCUUUCUACAUUUGAAUCUAUUGUAACUGAAAGGCCACAGUUCAGCAGACAAAAAGAUUUCCAGCAGCAACAGGUUCUGGAGUUAAAACCAAUGGAACAGAAAGAUUUCAUCAAAUUCAUUGAAUUUAAUGCCAAGAAAAUGGGGCCCCAGCAUUGCCAACCUGAUAAAGAUACAACUCUGAAAUCAUCUGAAAGGUACCCAACAACUGAAGAACUGAAAACAUACACCACACAGCUGGAAGACCUGCGUCAAGAAGCCAAUAAUCUGCAGACCCAGGAAAACAUGACAGAAGAAACAUACAUAGAUUUGGAUAAAAAGUUAUUUGAGCUAUUUCUGACCCUCAGUCAGUGCCUUGGCAGGGUGGAGGAGAUGCUGCAGACACCUGGGCUCUUCAGAGAGGAUGUCUGUGCUCAGCAGGUGCACUACGAGACACUGGCUCUUGAAUUGAAAAAACUUUACUUAGCUAUGAGUGACAAGAAGAAUGACCUUGUGAAAGCCGUGACUUGGCCCGGGAGGAACACCAGCUUGUUUCUUCAAUGUUUUGACAACCUCCAAGUCUACCUGAAGCACACCCAGGCCACAGCCGCCUCUAAAAGCAAGUCCCUGAAAGCUGGCCUGGACUAUAACCGCAGUUAUCAGAAAGCAGAUGCACAUAUAACGGAGCUGCAGAACUCUGAGAGCCGAGUGGCAAAACUAAGAGACGAAGGGGAGAGGCUUCAUUUACCUUAUGUUUUAUUGCAAGAGGUUUACAAAUUAGAGGAUGUACUUGACGGUAUGUGGGGAAUCCUGAGAGCCAGGUACACCAAACUCAGCAGCCCUUUCAUCACGGAGAGCCAGCAAGAUGCCUUGUUGCGAGGCAUCGCGGAACUAGUGGAUAUCGGGAAGGAAAAGCUUGCUCAUGACCACUUACAACAAACCAAGAGUAAAGUUGCCUUACAGGCCCAAAUACAAAAUCACAAGCUUUUUUUCCAGAAGCUUGUUGCUGACAUGCUGUUGAUCCAAACAUACUCCAACAAAAUGCUUCCUUCUUUAUUGCAAAAGAAAGAGACAUUUUGGGCAGAACAAAUAAAAGAAGUUAAAUUACUGGAGGAAAAGUCACACCAAUGUGGAAUAAAACUACAGAGUUUGCUACAGAAAUGGGAAGAAUUUGAUGAAAACUAUACAUCCCUUGAAAAGGAUCUGGAAAUUCUGGUAUCUACAUUGCCCUCUGUGAGUUUGGUGGAAGAGACAGAGGAAAGAUUAAUGGAAAGGAUUUCAUUUUACCAGCAAAUAAAAAGGAACAUUGAUGAAAAGCAUGCCCGGCUUUACCAAACUCUGAAUGAAGGCAAGCAGCUGGUGGCAUCCGUGAGCUGUCCUGAACUAGAGGGCCAGAUUGCAAAGCUAGAAGAGCAGUGGUUGGCCCUAAACAAGAAGAUCGACCAUGAACUACACAGACUGCAAACACUUCUCAAGCAUCUGCUCAGGUAUGUUUUCUUAGGGAUUUAUACCAGAGAUUCGGAUCAGUUAACCAAGUGGUUGGAAUCUUCUCAGCAAACUCUGAAUUACUGGAAAGAACAGUCCCUCAAUGUGUCUCAGGACUUGGAUACAGUCAGAAGCAACAUAAACAACUUUUUUGAGUUUUCAAAGGAGCUUGACGACAAGUCGUCCCUGAAGGCCGCGGUUGUAAGCACGGGGAACCAGCUUCUCCACCUGAAAGAAGCCGAUGUGGCCACGCUGAGAGCUGCUUUAGCACAGUUUGAACAGAAAUGGACCAUGCUCAUAACUCAACUUCCAGAUGUUCAAGAAAAACUUCACCAGCUUCAGAUGGAGAAAUUGCCAUCUCGUAAAGCAAUCACGGAAAUGAUUAGCUGGAUGAACAAUGUGGAACACCAAACUGCAGAUGAAGACUCUGAGCGUUCACUGAGUUCUGCAUCUCAAGUGAAAAAUCUUCUUCAGAAGUACAAGGAGUUCAGAAUGGAAAUGGACUACAAACAAUGGAUUGUUGACUUUGUCAACCAGUCAUUACUUCAGUUAAGCACCUGUGAUGUAGAAAGUAAGCGCUAUGAGAGGACAGAGUUUGCAGAGCACCUGGGAGAGAUGAACCGCCAAUGGCAGCGGGUACAUGGAACACUAAAUAGAAAGAUACAACAUUUAGAACAACUUUUGGAAAGUAUCACUGAGAAUGAAAACAAAAUACAGAUUUUGAACAACUGGAUGGAGGUGCAAGAGGAGAGACUGAAAACUUUACAAAAACCUGCAAGUGUAAUCUCGGUGCAGAAGAUGCUCCUGGACUGUCAGGAUAUAGAAAAUCAACUUGCAAUUAAAUCCAAAGCCCUGGAUGAGUUGAGACAAAGUUACCUGACUUCGGAGAGCGGGACAAUGCCACUGUUAGAAGACACAGCAUUCAGAAUUGAUGGGUUAUUUCGAAAAAGGAGCAGUGUUACCAACCAGGUCAAUGAGCUCAAGACCUCCAUGCAGUCUGUUUUACAGGAGUGGAAGGUUUAUGAUAAACUGUAUGAGGAAGUGACGAUGAUGACAAUCCGAUUCUGGUACUGCAUGGAGCACAGCAAGCCUGUGGUUUUGUCAUUAGAAGCCUUAAGAUGCCAGGUGCAGAACCUGCAGUCUCUUCAAGACGAAGCCGAGAACAGUGAAGGAAGUUGGGAAAAACUGCAGGAGGUGAUUGGAAAACUCAAAGAUCGCUGCCCCUCGGUUGCUGAGAUAAUUGAAGAGAAAUGCCAAGAUACGCACGCCAGGUGGGCCCAGGUAAACCAAGACCUUGCGGACCAGUUACAGAAGGCGCAGAGUCUGCUUCAGCUCUGGAAGGCCUGUAACGGUGCUCACGCUGAAGCUGCAAUGAGGCUGGAGCAGCAGGAAGCGAAGUACCAACAGCUUGAAAACAUCAACAUGUCUGGAAACAACCUGGCCGAGAUCCUGACCCCAGCCCUGCAGGAUGUGAAGGAGCUGCAGCAUGAUGUGCAGAAGACAAAAGAAGCCUUUCUCCAGAAUUCCACUCUUCUGGAUCGACUUCCGCAACUCCCAGAGUCCAGCCCCCACAUGCCCCGCUCUACACAACUGCACUCCCUUCAGAGGGCUUCUUACUUGGAAACGAUGCUCCUUGUGAAGGCUAAUGAAUUUGAGAACCAUGUGUUGGCACUGACGGCCCAAUCACCUGAUGUUGAGCAUUUGAAUGAAGUAAGCCUCAAGCUCCCACUUAGUGACAUAGCCAUAAAGACGUUACAAAAUACGAACCGGCGGUGGAUUCGGGCCACGGCAACAGCCCUGGAACGCUGCAGUGAGCUUCAGGGAAUUGGCUUGAAUGAAAAGUUUCUUUAUUGCUGUGAAAAAUGGGUCCAGUUUUUGGAGAAGAUAGAAGAGAUGCUCAAGGUGAAUCUUGCCGACAGCCUCCCAGCUCUCCUGGAACAGCAGAAAACAUAUGAGAUGUUAGAAGCUGAAGUUUCUAUAAACCAGACAAUUGCUGAUUCUUAUGUCAGCCAGUGCUUACAACUCUUGGACACAACAGAAAUAGAGGAGAGACCGGAAUUUAUUUCAAAGUUCACAAAACUGAAGGACCAGUGGCAGAGCGCCACCCAGCGCCUCCGGCAGAGGAAGGGUGACAUCGAUGGGCUGGUGGGACACUGGCGGUCCUUCACCACCUCCGCGGAGGACUUGCUCCGCUUCCUCACGGAUGCCUCCCACCUGCUGUCUGCAGUGAAGAGCCAGGACUGCUACAGCCUCCACCAAACCAGGAGGCUGAUCCGUGAGCUGAAGAGUAAAGAAAUUCAUUUUCAGAGACGGCAGACUACCUUUGAACUAACCUUAGAAGCUGGGGAGAAGUUACUGAACACAGCUAACCUGGAAACUAAAGAGUUGAUCGACAAGAAAAUCAGUCAACUUCGGGACAACUGGAGGCACACAGAGCUCCACGUAGGAGAGCUGAUUAAACAGUUGCAGAACAAUGUAGAGACCUGGGACCAGUGUGAAAAGAAAAUCAAGGAGUUGAAAAGCAGGCUGCAAGUUUUAAAGGCACAAAGUAGAGAUCCUCUUCCAGAACUUCAUGAGGACCUCCACAGAGAAAAAGAGCUGAUUAAGGAACUAGAGAAGUCUUUGGGCAACUGGACUCAGAACUUGAAAGAACUUCACACUAUGAAGACCGACUUAACCCAGCACAUUCUUGUAGAGGACGUGAUGGUUUUGGAAGAGCAAACAGAGCAUUUGCACAGACAAUGGGAGGAUCUCUGCUUAAGAGUGGCUAUACGCAAACAGGAGAUUGAAGACAGACUCAAUUCAUGGAUUGUGUUCAAUGAAAAAAAUAAAGAGUUGUGCGCAUGGCUGGUGCAGAUGGAAAACAAAGUUCUACAGACAGCAGAUAUUAGUAUUGAAGAAAUGAUUGAGAAGUUACAGAAGGACUGCAUAGAAGAAAUAAACUUGUUCAGUGAAAACAAGUUACAGUUAAAGCAGAUGGGUGACCAGUUGAUGGAGGCCAGCAACAAGACAAGAGCAGCUGAGAUUGAGGACAAGCUCCACAGAGUCAGCGACCACUGGCAGCACCUCUUUGACGUCAUUGGAUCGAGGGUGAAGAAGCUGAAGGAGACCUUUGCUUUUAUUCAGCAGUUAGACAAAAACAUGAGCAACCUUCGUACCUGGUUGGCUCGAAUCGAGUCAGAGCUUUCUAAGCCUGUCGUCUAUGACGUCUGUGAUGAUCAAGAGAUCCAGAAGAGGCUCGCCGAGCAGCAGGACCUGCAGCGAGACAUCGAACAACACAGUGCAGGGGUGGAGUCUGUCUUUAACAUCUGUGACGUCCUCCUGCAUGACUCCGAUGCCUGCGCCAACGAGACGGAGUGUGACUCUCUGCAGCAGACCACCAGAAGCUUGGACAGACGCUGGAGGAACAUCUGCGCCAUGUCAAUGGAACGGCGAAUGAAAAUUGAGGAGACGUGGCGCCUGUGGCAGAAAUUUCUAGAUGAUUACUCCCGCUUUGAGGACUGGCUCAAGUCCGCCGAGAGGACAGCAGCCUACCCGAAUUCCUCAGAGGUGUUGUACACAAAUGCCAAAGAAGAGCUGAAGAGGUUUGAGGCCUUCCAGCGGCAGAUCCACGAGAGGCUCACGCAGCUGGAGCUCAUCAACAAGCAGUACCGACGGCUGGCCCGGGAGAACCGCACCGACACGGCCAGCAGGCUGAAGCAGAUGGUGCACGAGGGCAACCAGCGCUGGGACAACCUCCAGAAGCGGGUCACGGCCGUCCUGCGGAGACUCAGACAUUUCACCAACCAAAGGGAGGAAUUCGAGGGGACCAGGGAGAGCAUUCUGGUGUGGCUCACAGAGAUGGACCUGCAGCUGACCAACGUGGAGCACUUCUCGGAGAGUGACGCCGACGACAAGAUGCGCCAACUGAACGGUUUCCAGCAGGAAAUUACACUAAACACCAACAAGAUCGAUCAGCUCAUUGUCUUUGGGGAGCAGCUGAUUCAGAAGAGCGAGCCGCUGGACGCUGUGCUGAUCGAGGACGAGCUAGAGGAGAUGCACCGGUAUUGCCAGGAAGUCUUCGGCCGGGUCUCCCGCUUCCACCGCAGGCUCACCUCCCAUGCCCCGGGCUUGGAAGAAGAAAAAGAGGCCUCGGAGAAUGAAACGGACAUGGAGGACCCCAGAGAGAUCCAGGCCGACUCCUGGCGUAAAAGGAGAGAGAGCGAGGAGCCCUCGUGUCCUCAGUCCCUCUGUCAUCUGGUGCCCCCGGCGCCGGGGCCCGAGCGGUCUGGCUGCGAGACCCCUGUCAGCGUGGACUCCAUCCCUCUGGAGUGGGAUCACACAGGGGACGUGGGGGGCUCCUCCUCUCACGAAGAUGACGAGGAAGGCGCAUACUACAGUGCACUGUCAGAUGUAGAAAUCCCUGAAAAUCCUGAGGCAUAUCUUAAAAUGACCACAAAAACUUUGAAAGCGUCUUCUGGUAGGCCCCUGCCCAUGCAUGUGUCUCAACAUGGCAGCGUCCUGUGGCGCACACUGCAUCCUAAACCUCGCUCCCGUGUCCUGUCUGACCUCUGCCUUCUGUGGACACCAUGCGCCUUGGUCCUUGUGUCAUGGUGUAUUUGCACUGCUGUACUCCCCAUACCUGCGUGCUCCUUACAAAACCCCACCCACACAAGAGCAGUCUCCACACCAUCCCUCCCCUCCCCCCGAGGCCUGUGCAGAAGGGAAUCUUUCAUGGUGCCUUUUAGAGUUUUUAUUCCUCCCCUCCCCUCCAUCUAACUGAAGUUCUUUGGCAUAGGCCAAGCUUUCUUCAUGGUGGCUUGGUUUGGAACUACCUCCUUCCUUCCUUAUGCUGUUUCCUGGGAAGAGGAUGGGUGGGUGGGGGUAAAGGUACUGUUGCGCUUGCCAGAGGAAAAGAAACCUUCCUUUCUUGACUUGCAGCUCUAACCUUUGUACCCUGCCCCGUCCGCCUGUGCAGUGGUGGGGUAGAGCCGUGAGCGGCCCUUUGGUCCCCAAGUCCAUCCCGAUGUUCACUCUCCCCCACUUCCGAGAGGCCUUCAGUCCUCUUGGCCACCAGCCCCGGCCUUGUUGCCAGUGUCCCCACCACUAGAUGCCCCAGCUCCGAAAUGCCACUCAUCGUGCAAAAAAAUCAUACGUUUGUUGUGCUCCAUUGUGAACUCAUCUAGUGAAGGCACAGUGCUGCUCAGUUGCAUGAUUCUCAUUUCAUUCCCUUCUGGGACAUACUGACAUUUUGCAAACAUGCAUGCUUUGCAAGGAAAGCUGCAGAACUCAUAUUAUACUAUAACCUGAUGCCAUG